CAUCCAUUUGUCGCUGCCAAUCACUUGUCUCCUCUGGUCUCACUACAGAAUAUGCCGUUCUGUGCCGCUCAAAUAACCAUGUGUCGUGACUGAAGUUGUUGGUCACCAUUUCAUAGCACAGCGUCCUCAACGUCAACGGCUAUGGCGGCAUCUUCCUUUACAGCAACUUCUAUCCCCUUCCCAUUCACAAUAACCACUAAACCCUCUCAUCUAUUUUCCUUCUCUUGUUCUUUUCCUCUCAAACAUCAUACCCUCCUUCCGAACCUCCAUCUCCGACCAUCUUCAACUGUCUCAGCCUCAGCAGCUGCAACUCCAACCACCUCCAUCCAAAUCGACGAAUCUCCAGUCUCCGCCACUCCUUCCAAGGCUCUUCCCUUUCGGGUCGGGCACGGUUUUGACCUCCACCGGUUAGAACCCGGUUACCCCUUAAUCAUUGGUGGAAUUAACAUACCCCACGAUAGGGGUUGCGAGGCUCAUUCCGAUGGGGAUGUUCUGCUUCACUGCGUGGUGGAUGCAAUUUUGGGGGCUUUAGGUCUUCCUGAUAUAGGGCAGAUAUUUCCGGAUUCAGAUCCUAAGUGGAAGGGUUGUGCCUCUUCGGUGUUCAUCCAAGAAUCUGUGAGGCUUAUGCAUGACGCAGGUUAUGAUAUUGGAAAUUUAGAUGCUACGUUGAUACUUCAGAGGCCAAAGCUAAGUCCACACAAGGAUGCUAUCAAGGCCAAUUUAGCUGCACUGCUUGGAGUUGACUCUUCUGUUGUAAAUAUCAAAGCAAAAACUCAUGAAAAGGUAGACAGCCUUGGAGAAAAUAGAAGUAUAGCGGCUCACACAGUGGUUCUUCUAAUGAAGAAAUGAGGUGAGAAGCUGGAAAUAUCAUGAAGGACAUGAAAGAAUUAUAAUUUGUAAAAAUUACUGUAAAUUUUAUAAAUUAUGCUUUAUUAGCUUCUAGUGUACUGUUUAAUGCUUAUACGGAUCUUAUAGCUCACUCGGGCUGCUAGUUAUUGGUUUAACGCUUACCUCACAACUUGCUAAGAAUUUGGUUCCUAUCUUUUAGUUUUUUGGUAUUUAGGGGACCCCUGUGUAGGUUUGAACGGCAGAAAUAUUUAUUUAAGUCAGAAAC